AGAGCGACAGGGUGUGUGUCUGGAGCUCCACACAGAAGGGCUGCAGCCAGCUGGGCCCUGACAGAGUGAAGCAGCCGAGAAGCUGCCCAGAGUCUGCGAGGGACAGAGCAGCGACGGACGGGGACACCCCAGGACAGGAGCAGCACUGGGCCAGGGAGGAAUCGCCCGAGGACAGACCGGAGCUGGACCCAGUAUCACUGCUGCCCAGAGCUGCAGGGGGCUACCCUACCAAGAUGAGAUUGGGUCCCUGACUUUUGCGGGGGCUCUCCCUAGUACUGCUGCCCUUUACAGAAGACAAUGGAUUUGGCAAGAACCCAGAUGUAGGGAUGAAAAGGAACACUGCAAAGUACCUAUGGAAACCUGUACCACAGAGCAAGCCUUUUCCAUGCGAUCGGUUCAAACAUGCCUGCAGCAUCUGCAGAGGGUUUGUUUAUCUUUACGGGGGUCGGUGCAACAGCAGCCUAAGUGACUUCUGGCGGUACAAUAUAGCAAGCAACGAAUGGGAACAACUGCAUUGUUCAGAAGAUGGCCCAGAAGAACUGGAAGAACAUUCAAUGGUGGCUUAUCAGGGCAUCCUCUAUAUUUUUGGUGGGAUGGUGGAUUCCGCUUUUACGCAGGCGAAGAUCCCUCUCUGGAUGUAUGACAUUGAUUCAGCGAGAUGGUCUGAGUGCCGGCACACAGCAGUGGAGAUUGAGAGCAUUGCUCCAGCUAACAGAAAGGGCCACAGCGCAGUAGUGUACAAUUCCAGCAUGUACAUCUAUGGGGGAUACUUCGACAUCAAAGGGAUUUCACAAGAGUUUUGGGCUUUACAUUUUGAUACAGGAAAGUGGUCACAGGUAUCUCCACUGUCUUGUGAUGCUGGCCCAGGACCCCGGCAUGGUCACUCAGCUGUGGUUUACGGCACGGGCAUGUACCUGUUUGGAGGACUGAUGGGGCUGAGAGAACAGAGGGACCUAUGGAAGUGGGACUUUACAAGCCGCAAGUGGUCGACUAUCAGAACAAGCCAAGGUCCUCCAAAAGUGGUGGGACACUCUUCUGUGGUCUUUCAAGACUCGAUGCUGACUUUUGGCGGAGGGAUUUCAAACUCUAGGCCUAACACCAGCUUGUGGAAGUACCAUUUCAGUUCCCAGAUAUGGGAAAAACUGGCUAGUACAACAGAGGUCAUUCUUUCUUCUAAAAGGUAUCACCGCAUCCUGGGAAUUGGUGUUGGUUUCCAACUGACGCCAGGUUUCUCUGGGGCAUCCCCCAUCAAUCACUGGUGUCCAAAGGGGAAAGAGCCUCAAAAGUUGGUGGCGGUCUCAAAGCAGAAUGCCCAUUUUCAUGGCUACUUUCGCCAGCAGCCUGCACACCAACCAUUCAGCAACGACGGUGGCAAUGAGAUAGAAAUGAAGACCUUUAGCCAGCCUCUGGAGCCAUUGGGCUUUUGCUCAUUCCAAACCUCUUCAGAGGCAGAACUGUGUGCAGACAAAGCACAGAGCAUAUUUUCCAAAAAUGAGCAUUUCUCCCACCUCAUCGCUUCCCAAGAACAAGCUCUCACUGCCGCUGAAGUUACAAAAAACAGGAGAGGAACUGACUGUCAGCCUGAGAGACCUACGAGCAUGGCAGUUACCAACCAUCCUGAUAUGCUGCUCCUGAUUGGGGGCAAGCCCCUGUCCAGUUUCUGUGAAAUCUCACUCUGGCAAAUGGAGCUGAACAGCAUUUACAUCUGACAUACACAUAAGAGAGACAUUCCCACCUGCUUCUCAGCAGAACUAACCAGGAAGUAUUAUAUCCAGUGGCCUACUGCACAUUCUGGGUGAAAAACAGUCUUCCUAAUAACUGACCUGAACUUCUUUUUACAGAGUCUCGGUUCAUGCCCUUGGUUUUGUGCGGUGGAGAGAUUCCUACCCAGAUCCUUGUGGGAUCCUCUUUUAACCCAAAAUUACAGUAGAUCUCCUUGCAACCCUCUCCCUAAGAACAACCUAUUGAGCUCCUGAUUCCACCCUUCUCUAUAGUGGCCUUGUCUUCUGGUCACUUUCUAAGUCUUUUUCAAGUUGGUGGCCAAUACUGUGUACAGUCAUGGAACCCUUUAGGUUAGAAGGGUCCUCUAAGUGGGUCCUUCUAGGCCUCACAAGCACUAUUUGUAGAAUAAAAUGUGCCAAUUCUGCCUUGACUUACACCAAGGCAACCCCAUCAACAUCAACACAAAGUAAAUGGGUCAAAAGUUGGUCCUCUUGAUAAAUUAAGAUUAUGGUAUUGGUUAAUGCACAAUUUUGAACACUAUUUGGAUGUAUUUAAACAUGCUACCGCCACAAUAUAUUUGAUUCAUUUAGGGGACAGAUUGCAGAUGGCAAACACAGGUCAGUGUAGACAAAUGUCCGAGAGUCAGACUGGAACAAAGGAAGAACAUAUUGUGAAUGCAGUGUUAUGCUGGAAGCUGUAUUAAUGGCUACCAUCAUCAGGUCUGUGAUCUGUAAACAAUCACAGACCAGGUUAAAGCUACUUUCAGGCUAAAUGGAAGGAGCAAUUAGAUCCUUCUUUAUGUAGUGAUAGCUAGAAGCAAUAGGAGAAUAGUACAUAAGACACUGGACCAUAUGGUAAAGUCUGAGCAGGUCUGAGGGUUUCCCUAAGGGGCCCUCUUGCAAACACAGAGGCUAAAAGAUUAUUUGGCAAGCUGUGUAUGUGUUCAAAAAGAAAGUGAGGAGAGCCCAGAGAGGGAGAAGUGACAGAGCUUGCUGCAGAGGAAGACUUGGAAAUUGUUAAUAAAGAAACUGCCUGUUUAUCUCUACUGUGUUCAGGGAAACAGGACUUUGUGUUCAGUCUCUGUAAUGAAACUAGAUUGCACCAAAAAAUAUUCCUGACUCAUAUUACCAAUUUAUCCUUCUAACUGAAACAAACCUCCAGGGUCCUGAAUAUGGGCUAAUUGUCUGGGCCAAGCGGGCAGCAGUAUUAUGCUAUUUAAAUGGAAGAUUUUGGGGUUUUGGAAAUAGAGACAGACCAGCAUACAGCAGCCAUAAAAUGAGCAAAUGAGAUCUUGAGUUGUAUUAACAUAGAGACUGACUAUAACACCAAAGGAGUUAUAUUGCUAGGCCCUGGUGGUACUUAGACCCCAGUUGAAUACUUAGUGAUGUACUGAUCACCAUGCUGCAGGAAGCAUAGGUGGCCAUGGAGAAGGUAUAACAUAGUGCUGCAAGAUAGAUCCUAGCACCAAGGACAUGAUCAAAGGCUUGGACAUUUUCUUACUGGAAAAAGAGAGAGCUUUUAAGUGAGCUUUUUAGUUCAACAAAACGGAGUGAGAAACUGUUCAUGCUGACAGAGCUCAAAAAUUAGGGCCAGAGUCAAGGGGAAAUGCCACUUCCUUUCUAAUUUCUGCUUUAAUCCUUCAGCUCUGUCAUUUUUAAAAAACUGUUUUCACAUGCCUUAAAAUAGCAAAGUGCAUAUCACACAUUUCCCUUCUAAAGCGAGUGCAAAGGAAGAAAAAAAAAAAGCCUCUCCAUAGAACUCAGUAGUGGCUCUCCAGCAAAUGCUGGGAAAAGUUGAAAGGUAAAAGUACUGAAUGUACAUACACAAGCUACUGCAAACAUUUUUUGCUAGAUACUGCCAUCU